AUGAAGCCAUCUUGGCUAUGGCUCACGCUUGUGGCCACAGUUGUUCUUACAGCCACGCGCUCGUCCACUGCCACCAAGCUAAACUAUCCGCGUGUUUUGCUUCCAAUUUUUGACCACAUUUCGGUAAACUUCACGCUUGAGGUGGUUGAGAAGGGAUGCUUCAAAUGGACUUCGUCACGAUUAGAUUUGAUCCAAAUAACACCAUCCUAUGACGACGUCGACGAAGACUGCUCGUACCGCGUGGUGGUGACCGUUAUCAAUAAAGAAAAGCGAAGAAACACCGCGAUCGUAUUGGCGGAGGAUCUCGUCACUGGCGAGGUGCUACGGUGUGACGUCAUUUUGGACGUGAUUGAUCAGCUGGGAGUGCUGACGACGACACGCGAACUCUACCUAGAGGAAGCACCGGAAACCUUCGAGCUAUGGGCACAGGAUGCGCAAGGCAAUGCUUUCACCACGCUGGAAGGAAUCGAAUUUCAUUGGCAGAUCGCAUCGCACCGUUCGCACGAUUCCCGGCAUGGCGUUGCGGGCGAUAGCAGCUGGAGUCAGGUACUACGAUUUCUCACCUUUUCCGAGAGCAAGUUUCAUGUGGUGCCCCGAGCGAUCGAACGGCUCGAGGCAGCUGGUGUGCAGGGUUAUAUGGUGCUGCUCGAUGGCAUCAACACCGGAUCGGCUCGGGUGAAAGCAAAGCUGCCGCAUGCCGAAUACUCACACGUGCCACCUGUGGACGUAGACAUUAUGGUGCUAGCCAAUUUGAUCCUGGACCCAAGCGACGUGUACAUUUUACCCGGGGAUACCAUCGAAUUUAAGGUACUCCAGCUGAAACAGGGUAAACUACACGAGAUCGCGCUAAACAGUCAGUACUACCUGGAAAUCGAAGAUGAAACGUACGCCAGCAUGGGUGGAAACGAGGCGAAGGGUCUACGCGUUGGACGUACCUUCGUACUUUUGCGCGAUCGGAACGUACCGCAUGAUACAAAUUUGGUGAACGACGAGGCAAACUCGAAAGCGACAUUGCCGAAGGCGUCUCUGACUGUAGUGGAUCCUAAAAAGUUGACCAUUAAUCUGUUACCUCACUACAAUUGGGUAACGGUCGAGGGCGAGAGCCACGAGAUUGCGUUGAAUUUGUUCACACAGGACGAUCAUCCGAUUACGUUGGGCGCGAAGUAUAAGAUCCAGUCGACGUUCGACGAGACUUUGUUUUAUCCUCUGCGGAUUACCUCGAACGGAAGCAGCAUCUUUGGAGAAACUAUCGCCACCGGCAGCAGCCCGGUAACGGGCAAGUACGAAAAACUUUCGGCAAAGGCAGAAAUGGUUGUGUACAAACGACUAGGCAUCAAUCCGCCAGAAGUUAUUCUCCCGUUCGAUCCGAACCUGCGACGGCAGAAGCUUCAGUUCACCGCCACCGGUGGAGAUGGAGUGUACACCUGGUCUUCGCAAGAUGGGAAUGUAGUAUCCAUUACGCAAACGGGACUGGCUGAGGCACGGCUUGAUCAGAUUAAAGGUGCCAAUGAUCUGGCCGGGGAAAGCGAGCUAGCCAAAGUCACGCAGGUGAAAGUGUCCAUGUCGAGAAAUGUGCGAAUCUUCGUCACAGCGCAGGUGAUGUUCCUUCCACCGAUCAAGCUGGAAGUGGUGCGUUACAAUUUCGAAACCGUGCUGAAGGAUUACGUCCGGCUACACGUGGGCUUGUGGGCGCGCUACAAUGGCACUCUGAAGCCGUUCACGUCGUGCGAAAAUCUUCAUUUCGAGUUGGAAUUUAGCAAUCCCAUCUUCAUGACCGAGACGCUUUCUUCAUCGAGCGGGGACACUGAGGAACCGCUAGCGAAUGGGGCCUGUCGUGUGCUGUACCUAAGAUCAACGAUGGUUGGACAAACGAGCCUUAAGAUUACCUAUCGCUACUUCGACAAAUUGCUUAGUGAUCACGUCAAUUUGAAUGUGUUCGAGAAGUUGGCCAUCGAAAACCCGUUGGAGAACGAGGUCGUGCUCCCAAUCGGGGCUUCUCGCAACCUAUUCUACUACAAUGGACCCGAGAGAAUGUACAACUCGGAAGCGGAGCUCCAACGUCAGUUAGUGUACGAUCGCAAGGCACUUGAAGUGACCGAGGUCGGUAGUGGGUUCUCCAAAGACAAACACAUUUUCCGGACACUUUGCAAGAAACUUGGCGACUUUGAGCUAAAACUGGAGGUGUUUAACACGCUAAACGCACCGAACGUGAUCCCGUACGUGACGGAAUUCGUAACGAAGGUUUAUUGCGUGAAACCACGCUUCGUGAACCUUCUCACGACCGAUAAAGUAAAAAUGGGUUGCCCACUGGAACGCCGGAAUUCGAUGAUGCACGUCAAGACGGCGGACAGUGCCGAACAGAUGACGAUCGAUAUCGAGGUGCUGGAUGUGCAGAAUCGAAAGUUGGCGAACAUUUCUUCGCUGCUCCUGGAGUGGAAGUUUACCUCUGUUGAUGCCCAAUCAUCAACCGCCACAACGGCCAGCGUUAGUGAAACGCCGCUCUCGCUUAACUACGCGCACAAAUCAGAGGUGGAGUAUUUGGAAGGUGUCGAAAUUCCCGGUCGCGAUUAUGUGGUCUUGAAUUUACCACGCGAACUGGAGGCUAGCCUGAAAGUGCGAACGAUAGUUACGGACUACCGAGCGGAGGUGCUCAAGAAGUAUGCGAUCAAACCGGAAAGCCCACCAUUUGGCGUGCAGAAGCAGGCCGGAUCACCGCUUGUAAAGCCGACGAUCGAAAACGAGCUGAAUUUCGUGUCAGUUAAUCGCACCUUACUUCCGUACGAUCGUCUAACGGUGUUCCUUACGCCGGAUGCGUUGGAGCGCAUUAGGGUGACUCAGGGCAGCGGGUUUUACGACAUAAAGGCCUCUGAAGCGGGUAUCGUGUCGACACAGUUCGACGGCACUACGCGGCAACUGCUGAUCACUCCGCGCAAGAUUGGCGAGGUGAAGCUGGAGAUAAGCGAUCAGUGCCUGAGCACGGAGCCCAGCUUUUUGCACGUAUCGGUCGUAACCGUGGGACGCAUCACGAUCCUGUCACCUGAUCGUGUUGAGAAAACGAAGAAGAUUGAAGCGAUCGUGCGGUUGUACGAUAAUAACGAUCGUUUGUUAGACAUCAAGCGCGAUCGGUUAGAGUUGUACGAGUUACGCACGGAGGUGUACAAUUCCGCUAUCCUGAGCCUUGCCCUCGGCAGCCAAGCUCAACUAGGCGUUGGUGAGGUUCGAUACAUCGUGACGGGAAUGGAGCUGGGUGAAACUAAGCUUAGCGUGAGCUCCGGUACUGGAAAAGAACUGAUCACCAGCGCUCCGGCAACGGUUCAAGUGUUUCCACCAUUGAUGUUGCUACCGCGUAAUGCUACGAUUCUCGUUGGAAGUACGCUACAGAUCCAGUCCAAGGGAGGUCCGACUCCCGACACGAAUAUCCUCUACACGGUGCAGAACGGGGAUGUCAUAGAUGUGGAAUCGGGUGUGGCAAGUGGUCUCAAAGUCGGCAGAUCGAAAGUGACGGGUCGCUGCGUCGGAGUUAAUCCCAGCACCGGAGCACAGAUAGUUUUUUCCGAGGAUACGAUCACCAUCCAAGUGGUUCCGCUUGAAGCGAUCGAACUGCGAACGCCACUGAAGCGCAUCCAGACAGGAGCCACAAUGCCGGCAUUUGUUUGGGCCGUUCCAGGCAUCUCUCCACUUGUGCUCGGUACGGUGGAGGGACUGCAGAUUCAUUGGUCCACGGACCACGCGGACAUUCUCGAUGUACGGGGCGUGUUCCAAGAUGUCGGUGUCGAGUAUCUGGAGACCGAUGCAAUAGCGAUGCGCGUAAAAACGUUGGCACCAGGAAGAGCAACACUUCACGUGACGCUUGUGACCCCAUCGGGUGCAAAAUUAACCGCCAAAUCGGAUGUAACUGUGUUCCGGAUGCUCGAGCUGGUGGCACCAAAAGCAAUCCGGUAUGAUUCGAUUCUACUGCCACCGAGAGCCACAAUUCAGCUGAAGGCAAAUCUGGACGACGCAGUGUUUCAGAUAGACGGCGAAGCGUCUGCCGGAGUUGUGCAGGUAUCCCGGGAGGGAUUGGUACGGAGUGGCGAAACAGCCGGUCGCGUGCAGGUCGUUGCGUCCUCGCACGAUCAAUCGCUAACGAUCCCGCUCGAGGUGAAAAACGUACACUACAUCAUGACGUCGGUGCAAACGGGAUCGAUGAAGCUGAAGCAAAUCGAGAACAGCAUUCCGCAAGGUUUCAGUCUGAAGUUGAAAGUAUCACUGCACGACAAUCUUGGUAAUGAGUUUUCGCACGGGCUGGAAGACGUUUCGGUGUUGAAGCACAAACUCUCGAAACGAGGCAACGUACUGAUCAACACGGGCAGCAACUAUAGCGUCGGACUUGAGCUGAUCCGCGAAACAUCCGACAUGAUGGUGGUGGCGUUGCGUGAUCAGACCGGCGUGAAAUUUGGCGAGGACUUCCUCAAACUGGUCGUGAGCGAUGAGACGAGUGGAAUGGCGUACCCUAACCGAGGCGUGUUUUCCGUCGGUGAUGUCGUAUGCUUUGGUUCACCGUUGCUCAACAUGGAAGCUCGAUGGACCAGCUCGGAUGAGUCGCUGGUGAAAAUCGAUCCUAAGAGCGGUGUUGCACAGGUACUCGCUUCCACAUCGAGUGCCAGCGAAGGCGGCGAUAGUAAGGUGACGAUUCGGCACGGUGAUCGUCGAAACGGUGGCAUCACUUUCAACGUCGACGUGCUCGAAGCGGAUCGGGUCGAAUUCUUCAAAAGCUACGACAUCUUUAAUGGAAAAUCCUAUCGCGGACACUUAGUUAUCAAGAACCACCAACAGCUCGACAAGUUAGCGAACGUGAUCGCGAUGAACGUCAGCACAUGCCGCGAACAAGUCGAACGUUCGUACGGAGGUCUGUUUGCUUGUACGUUGGUAGUACGACAGGGUACCGUUGAUCUGCUGAAGCAUUUAAGAACGAGCCCGGGCUAUGAUCCUACGAUUGGUGCGUACAGCUGCAACAUCGAUCUUCUGACGACGCUGGAUGACGUAGCGAACGUGAUCAAAACGAGCGAAUUCACCCUUGAUCUCGAGGUUCGGUUGCUCGCCUCCGGACUAACCGACACGUCGACGCUGAAAGUCGUCCCGGCGGUGCGCGUCGAACCGGAGGAGAUCCCCGUGGAUCAGAUCGGCAAGCAAAGCCUAAUGAUAACCGGCCUCGAUCGCGUGCUGCAAAAGGUCCAGGUGGUUUCCACAAAUCCAUCCGCACUGGCCGUCCGUCAACUGCAAAGACAGCCCGGUGCACUCGAAUAUCGUCUGGAACUGCUUGAAACCUACCGCGACGAAUGGGCCGAUAAUUUGUCCGUGCAAGUCAGCUCUCCGCUCACGAUGCAGAACGUGGAGAUUCCGAUACACUCACCGAUGGUGCCCAGAAAAUGUUCAACCCAACCUUUCAACAGCGCGCCGGAUCUGCUUGUAAACUACGUGAGCAACUUCGGUCUGCUGAUCUCCGCUGUAACUGUGCUCGCCGCAACAGUCUGGGUCAUCGUGUUUUGCUUCCCCCAGCGACAGAAGAUGGCAGCGAACGGAAACGUGCACUCGCCGUUUAAAAAUGAGCACAAUUUAUCAUCCUAUGAUAAUAGGAUGAGCGGCAGUCCAUUUGCUAGUCCAUUAGAGAAGCGCGGUGGCAGCAGCCUGCAGUCGUCGUCACCGUUCACCGCCAGCAGUCCCGGUCAGAGCUUUAGCGGAUCGCAAGGCAAUCUAAGUCACGAUUUCAACACGAGCGGAGGCUCCCACGGGUCACCGAUAUACGGCGAUGCGACCAUAAUCUCGCCCCAGAAGCGAGUAAACCGACGUUACCUGUAA